CGCUUACCCCCUACGGGGAUCAGCGGCGGGGACCCCGGAUUGAAGGGGACCCCCCCCUCCCCCCCCCCCCCCAGGAGUUUAUGGGGACCAAGCUUCGCGUUCGUUUUCUUCCCUCAGGGCAGAGUGGGGCGCAGACGGGGACCGAGGGGGCAGUUUGGCGACAACCAGGGUCGUCGUCACAUCACGGUGUCCAAAAUCCCAACCAGUUUCACCAGGACCUCAAGGACCACAAGACACAUCGCAUCCCGUCUGCCAGGGAAACCUCCAGUAACCGACAUCUUCCCAGCGGCGAGCGAGCGAGGCAAGACCCUGACGCUCGUCGGCUUGUCCCGCCAGCGCCGCACAAGCACCAACACGGGGACAGUCUGCAGAAACCGGUGGAGAACCGUGACCGCCGGUACAAGGAAGGUCUGCGUGAGCUAGUGCAUUACAAGGACGGGCACAAGGAGAGUCUACAGAAACCAGAAUACAAUAAGGACAGGUAUAAAGAAAGUGCUUACAGGCCAACGGAUGACAAGGAGCGACACAAGGAAAGUGUGUAUAAGCCAGUGUAUAACAAGGACAGGCAUAAGGAGAGUGUGCACAUGGCAAUACAGAAUAAGGAGAGUGUCCCGAAACCAGUGUAUGAUAAGAACCAGAAUAAGGAAAUGCUGUACAAGCCAGUAUAUCAUAAGGACCGGUACAAGAAGAAUAUGGACAGAUCGGUAUAUCAUAAGGACCGGUAUAAGGAAAGUGUAGACAAGCCAGUACAUCAUAAAGAAAUUCUGUAUAAGCCGUUACAUCAUAAAGACGUGAAUAAAGAAAGUCUGUACAAGCCAGUACACCAGCUAGUGCAUAACAGGGACCGGUCUACAGACAGCCCCGUUGACAAAACUCAGAGGGCAGCCAAGGAAAGGGGCGACAGCCCGAAUCACACGACCGUGCAGAGGCAAGAAAGGCCGAGUUUGCAAAAACCGAGUUUUGAGAAGUGGGACCCGUUCCGACCGAGACGGACGAGGCAAGUGCAUCCCGACGGCAGCCACAGCUGCAGUGUGGUCACACCGGGGUCUGGAGCGAAGGGGCCUCAUCGAGGGGUCAAGGGGACCCGCGGGACAGAGGGGGUCCGCGGGGCAAAGGAGCCGGCAGGGUGCGCCCUGUCGAAACGGUCACAGGAGGAGUACGCGUGGCUCACGGAGCGACUGGGCGAGCAGGGAAAGAAAUGCCGGGCAUAUUCGGGGCGUUGCUCGCAGGUUGAGCACAGCACUGAAGCUGCCAGGUUUGAGGAGAUGGCUGAACAAGCAACGCGGCUGCAGGUGCUACUGGAGAUGGCGCAGAGGCAGGGGGCACCGCCCCCCACACACACCCUCACGCGCGAGACUCUGCACGUGCCCAGGGUCAACCCUGACCUGGCUGCUGGUGACCUCUUGGUGACCGUGUUCCGGGGUCACGACCUUUGCCCCCCCUCCACUCCAGGUGUGGCGAAGCAUGGACUGCACGCAUUCGUAAAAAUCGAGGUGCCCCUGCCAUGCCCGAAGGCGUCCCAGAGGGAGAAGACGGGCACGCAGAGCGGCACGUGCCCAGAGUUCAACGAGAGCUUCAAGUUCACUCUGCAGCGUGGGUCUCUGGGCCCACUGGGAAGUGAGUGGGCUCUGGGGAAGCUGUGCUGGGGCUUCGCGCUCUGCUCGGUCGCUGUGAGCUCCGAAGGUCGGGCCGGGAGGGGGAGGGGUCGCGGGGGGCGGCGGGCUCCGUGGACGUGCGGUGUGCGCGCGCGUUCACCCCUGGGGGGCGGCUGGGACCUGGAGGAGGUGGAGGAGGAGUGGCUGCAGCUGAACCCCGUGCACAACGCAUGUGCUGUGUUCCCCGCGGCCACGGCCGACAUCGGUGGCGGCGAGUACUACCCGGAAGACCGUUGCGGUUGUCUCCUCGUUGAGCGGCCCGCGCUGACCGCGUGA